UUCCUAUUAACACCCCCAUUCAACAUCCAAAAUAAAAAAAUAAUGUUUCCUAACACUGGCAUUAGAAAGCUUUGGCGAAUGGCGAAAGCUGCGUUAGCUUGUCCAUAUGAUCGCCACUCUCCACUUAGUUUAUAAACAACGUUCGCCGGGUGCGGUCAGAACCCGCGGAACCAAAGCUGAGAGAACAUCAAUCAAAAUAAUAAAAAAUGCGACUACUGGUCCGACACGCGAUUCGAUUGUUCGGUCAGGAGAAUCGAGGAGGGGUUGCACCUGAGGUAUCUCCAAUUUGGAGAGGAGGAUUUCGACUGAAGGCCACAACCGGUUCACUAAACCUGGCCACAGCAAGUGUUCAGCAAUUGGAGCCACUAGAGAAACAGGUGGAGAGAAAGAAUUCUCCACUGACGGAUACGUUUGGCAGACACCAUAGCUAUCUCAGAAUAUCUCUAACCGAACGCUGCAACCUGCGAUGCGACUACUGUAUGCCGGCUGAAGGAGUUCCCUUGCAGCCCAAAGGGAAACUCCUAACCACCGAGGAAAUUCUCCGUUUGGCGCGUAUUUUUGUAAAGCAAGGAGUGCGAAAGAUCCGCUUGACUGGAGGAGAACCAACUGUAAGAAGGGAUAUAGUUGAGAUAGUGGAACAAAUGAAGGCUUUACCGGAACUAGAGCAAGUUGGAAUAACCACCAAUGGUCUAGUGCUAACUCGCCUACUGCUCCCGCUCCAAAGAGCUGGAUUAGAUUCCCUCAACAUCAGCUUGGACACGUUGAAAAGGGAUCGCUUUGAGAAAAUCACCCGUAGAAAAGGUUGGGAGCGGGUAAUAGCCGGUAUCGAUCUAGCCGUUCAGUUGGGCUAUCGUCCCAAAAUCAACUGUGUCCUUAUGAGGGAUUUCAAUGAGGAUGAAAUCUGUGACUUUGUGGAAUUUACCAAGGAUCGUCCUGUGGAUGUGCGAUUUAUAGAGUAUAUGCCUUUCUCCGGAAACAAAUGGCAUACAGAGAGGCUGAUUUCGUACAAAGAUACCCUGCAAACCAUUCGUGAAAGGUGGCCGGAUUUUGAGGCCUUACCUAAUGGACCCAAUGACACAUCCAAAGCAUAUGCAGUACCGGGGUUUAAGGGCCAAGUGGGUUUCAUCACAUCCAUGACCGAACACUUUUGUGGAACCUGCAACAGAUUGCGACUCACGGCGGAUGGUAAUAUCAAGGUGUGUUUGUUUGGCAACAAGGAGUUUUCGCUAAGAGACGCCAUGCGAAAUAAGAAUAUAACAGAGGAGCAGCUGGUGGAUCUCAUUGGGGCGGCAGUUCAGCGCAAGAAGAAACAGCAUGCAGAUGCUGCGCCCCUACUCCAUCACCAUAAUCAUCAUUUUUUGUUUCACCAAGCAUACUAUCCCUCGAGACUACAGCUCCUAGUGCGGAACUACAGCCAACUGACCCAUGUCAAUGCAAAGGGAAAGGCUCAAAUGGUGGAUGUAGGCGCAAAGCCUUUGACCACGAGGUUAGCUCGUGCUGAGGCCACUGUCCAGGUCGGUGAGGAGAUCACCCGGCUCAUAUCAGCCAAUGAACUAGCCAAAGGAGAUGUCCUGACCGUAGCCCAACUGGCUGGAAUUACGGGAGCCAAGCGCACCUCCGACCUGAUACCCCUGUGUCACAAUAUCAGCUUGUCCUCCGUGAAGGUGCAGGCUACUCUUCUCAAGAGCGAGCACUCAGUCCGUUUGGAGGCAACCGUUCGCUGCUCCGGCCAAACUGGAGUCGAGAUGGAAGCACUUACCGCCGUUUCCGUGGCUGCCUUAACAGUCUACGAUAUGUGCAAGGCUGUUUCCCACGACAUCUGUAUCACCAACAUCCGCCUGUUGAGCAAAUCCGGUGGAAAAAGGGACUUUCGGCGGGAGGAGCCGGAAAAAGUACCAGAAGUUGAAUAGGGGGAUCUACUGACUGACCGAAUUAGGUAUAAUACUAUAAUGGCCUAGCCAUAUUCAGGGGAAUGGUAAAUAGACGGUAGUCUAGUCUUAAUAAAUUAACUUAUACAAUUCCAUUUUAAAAGUUUAAAUUUAAAAGGCACAAGAUUGACUACCAAUGUAAACACUGUUUUAAAAAUUUCUAAUUUCUUGCAAUUUUCUUUUCUACUUUUAUAUAAAUAAAAGUGUUCAAUUGGUAUUAA